AGUCAAAAAAAAAAAUAACGUCGCGCUCAAAUGCAUAAAAUUUUAUGGUUCAGCUACAUCGGGAAAAAGAAAGGUUUUCUGAGUCCGUGCGACAAAAUAUGCGUGAAUGCAGCUAGAAAAGUACAGAGGUGCGACAAAAGCUAUUCCCCACCAAAGUUGAGAAACAUGAAGAGUUACUAUACCUACAGUAUUGUACUGGGUAGUCUCUUCAGUACAGUUAUGUGGACCAUCUACAAGCUGGGUAAGCCCGAGGAAGACCAUCGGGGUCCUAUAGAUGAUGAAUUCAGUCAUCUUCCCUGGUUCCGUCAGUACUUAAUGAGGAUGUGGCACACACUUCAGUAUUAUGAAAAAAUGGUGGAAGAACCCCAGAUGUCAAAGUUGCUGCCAAACGUUGUCCCACCGCCGUAUAUACAACCUCCCUAUUCACUGGUCCUGGAAAUCAAAGACGUCCUGGUGCAUCCGGAUUGGACUUAUCAGACGGGGUGGCGGUUUAAAAAGCGGCCCGGUGUGGAUUACUUCCUGCAGCAUUGCAGUCGGAAUUUCGAAAUUGUAAUAUAUACUUCAGAGGAGGGUAUGACCGCAUUUCCCCUCCUGGAUGCUUUGGAUCCCUAUGGCUACAUAAGUUAUCGGCUAGUAAGAGGUGCCACGGACUGUGUGGAGGGGCAGCAUACCAAGAACCUCGACUAUCUUAACAGGGACCUGAGCCGAGUGAUAGUUAUUGAUUGUGACCCGUAUACCACUCCCUUGCAUCCCGAUAAUAGCUUGGUACUCACAAAGUGGCUGGGUAACGACGAUGAUGUUCAGCUCUUUGAUCUCACGGCUUUCCUGCAGUUGGUGGCCGAGCACCAAGUGAGUGAUGUAAGGGAGGUGCUGCGAUAUUAUCGCCAGUUCGAGGACCCCAUUCAGCAGUUCAAAGACAACCAACGACGACUGCAGGACCAGAAUUAGUAAAGCAUUCAAAACUUACCAACUUGUGAACGGCAGUGAAACUUGACUUCGUUGGGACGCUCCCUUCGAGUGUCUUCAAUCAAAUAAAUUUUCGUUU